AUGGAACUUAAUAGCUCUGCCAAAGAAGAUAGUCACUACGUUGGUGUUUUAGGAUACCCAAGUUAGCACGACCCCCACACACUUCACCCAAAGAAGCAUGAUAGCACUUUUACUAAGGUUUAUGCCUGUAGAGAUAUGCUCUGGGAUCAUCACUGGGAAGUUAGAAAUACUCUUUAUGCUGGUUUUAAGGGAGCUCUUUUGGGUGUUGCAUAUGCCUCUGGUUUCGGUUUAAUUAGUAAAACAGUUCCUUCAAUUGUCCUUAAAAAGAUGUUCCGUUUUGUCCGUAAUAAUAACUUUGGACACAUUAGAAUCAUGUAAGAUUUAUUGACUCCCUAUGCAUUAACUGGUUUCGGUUUGGGUUCAGUCUAUUAUUUAUAUUAACACAAUGUUUGGGAAAACAGAUCAAAUAAGUGGCUUGCUGAAGUUCUUUCAAAUGCUCUCUUCUUCUAAGUUGCCACUGCUGUCUGUGUUAACCCUGGAUUCCAUAUUUAUGGCAUGGUUGGUGGUAUUCUCUUCGGUACUCUUAAGUAUGCUUUCUACAACUCUAGCUUCUUUUAAGAAAAGGAAAGUAUUGGUUCUUACACCACUUUUGGAGAUUUAUCAGAAGAAGAAAGAAAAAAAUAAGAAUAUAAAGAUUACAUCUAAUUUUUAGGAAACUAUCACAAGGUCAGAAAUGGAUAACUCGUUGACUUGUGA